AAUGAGUUAUGAUUUACCAGUUCUCUAUAAGAUCGGCGAGCAGACGGCACAUCAGAUCAGAUCAGUUUAUCUUUGCAGGAUGAGAGGUUUACUGUGGUUGGUUGGUGCAGUAUUACUGCUGGGGUCAAUAGAUGGAGGCGACACAUAUGAACAACUUGAUGAUGAUGUAAAGAAAAUCGUUGACAAAGCAAUAAUCAAAGCCAACGAGAAAUAUGGAAAGAAAUAUCACAUUGAUUUUCAUUCAAUCAAAUGUUCUGAUAAUUCAAGGUUGUUUCAUGUCCAAUUAAAACCUACCUCAUGUGGCAAGGGACCGAGAGUCCAUCGAAAGGAAUGCACAUUACAAGAUGAUCCUAAACCUUGGGUUUCCUGUGUUGCAUGUGGUGUAAACAUUGCCUGUGAACCCGUCAGAAACCAAAAAAAGAUAAAUGAACUUAUAAAAAAAUGUGGCUCAGAAUGUAAGACUGCGACUUAUCUUGCUGGAGCAGCAAAUCUAGGGUUUUUAAAGCAGAAAGGAAAAGAAUUUGGAUGUCUUGGAUGCAUCUGAGAAAUCUUUGCAACCAUUUAACAAUUGGUUGAUAUUUAGAAAUCCAUCACCACUGUGAAAUUACAAGUUAUAAUGUACUGUACAGUAAAAUCCUAAACAUUACCAAAUGUAAUGUUUAAAUAUUGUAUGUUAUUUAUCACACAAAAUCUCUAUAAUUUUAUCUUAAGUGUGAAUUUAGUUUCUGUUUAACAAUAAACGUGUUUUCCACACACAUCAUAA